GAUUUAUAGAUGACCACCCAGGGCUAAUACACACCAUCUCGGAGGACAUAUUGCUGCACAAUGCACUCCAAGAAACCCCACCAAGAACCGUUCACCCUUGCCGCGCUCUCCUCGCCCUCAAUUCAUCAUCUCCGAGCUGCAUCUGCAAAGAUUGACGAGGAUGAUACCUUCCAGUUUGAGAAUGAAGUGGAGGUUGUUUUUGAUAAGGAGAAGAGCAACGACAACGCCAAGUUUACUCUCUUCCUAGACCUUCCACUGGAGAUUCAGGCCAAGGUCUGGAAGCUAUUUAUCGAGGCCGAACCUCGAAUUAUUCAACCUGGCUCCUUUAUGAACGAACCGAAUAUCCUUAGACAGUUAAGUCGACAAAUCAAAGAGGAUUGCCUAACGCUGCAUGGCUUUGUGGACUUGGACCAAUUAAAACGGAGAGAAGAACAAAACAACAACACCAUUUUCCACCUACAGACUGACCUCCUUCACCUCGGUCCAAAUUCGCCCUGGAUAUGGGGCCCUCGGUCUUCAACCAGGCGGUUUGGUGCGUGUGGUGCUCUCGACAAAAUCAGAUGCGUGGCAAUCAUGAAUCUAAGAUCUAGCCUGACAGCAAGUAUCUAUUUCGAAAGCUUUCGAGAAUAUCGGAACCUUGAGGUCGUUUUUGUUGUCAUCGGGGUUUUGGUCCGAGAUACAAAGGAUGGAUGGAGAGAGAAAGAAUGGGUGAAGUUUCGAGAGGUCGAUGACGAGAAGGCGGUGACGUUGGUCCAUUGGGCCAGGUGGCUCCCAGAAAGAUUAUGCAAGUCCUCUAUCCAGGAGAAAAGAGAUUGGAUACAAGGAAUGAUGGCGAGAGGGUCGCAGAGGGUUGCGCCUCGUGUUGUGUUUGUGGAGGAGAUUCGGGCUUGGGAUGAUAGUGUUAUUCCCCGACCAGAUGGUUUGGGAUGAUAUGUUUCCUAUGACACUCUUGCUCAAGUUCCACCGCGGAUGGUAACAGUGAAUUUAUUGGAUUGAGAAAAUGAGAGCUAAGAUAAAGCAUGGAAGUUUCUGCGUUGAAAGUGUAUCCAUGGGGCCUUCUCGCAUCAAAAGUCGAAAUAUCAUUUUGGCAACCACUGCCUCCCUUUGCUGAUUCAACCCAAAAAUCCCAACUUCAACCGUUUCACCGACUAGAUAACCGCUACAGAAUCACCUGUGCGGUCAUCCAUUCCAGUAGUGAAGGAAUGCAAGGAGCCAAAAACCCAGUCGAGUCAUGCGAAU